AUUGAGAACAAAAUCUUUUUGACUAUUUAGCGUUAAUAACAUGGCCACCAGUAGUUCAUACAGCUCAACAGAAGAGACAACGAAUGCCAGCAGGGCUUGUCGUCUUUUACUAGGACCCUGUACCGAUCAACUGAGAGAUGUUCUUAGGAAAAUGGUUCCACCUUCUACAUUUGCCGCUGAAAUUAUAAAACCCAAGCAUAAUCUACCGAGACUAACUCCACAACAGAGAGAUCUAAUUUUGCCAAGGAAUGGGUCUUACUCUGGAAAUUAUGAUGAUUUUGAUAUUUCACUGUUGUACAUUCUUUUAAGGAACAUAUGUAACAUUACACCACAUAAAAAUGGGUGGGGAAAUGUCCCAGAUAUUAAUGAUGUAUGCCUUUCUGCAAAUAUCGAAAGGGUACGAGUGGCCCGAAAUAGCACUGUGCACUCUGCACGUCCCUCCCUCGCAAACUCUGAAUUUAACGAUAUCUGGUCGUCAGUUCGAGUUGCAGUAGUAGAAAUUGAUACAUUCCUAUCAAAUGGAAAUUUUUAUGAGAAGGAAGUUGACAUUUUGAGACACGCAACAAUGGAUCCCGUCCAAGACAAGCAUUACAGAGACCAACUAGCAAAACAAUAUGCCGAGGAUCAGACUACCAAAGAAUGCAUUCGCACACUGCAGGAAAACGUUGGAAGUAAUCUGAAAGAAACAGCAGACAGGAUAUAUCUCCUCGAGGAAAACAUUGGAUGCAAUCAGAAAGAAACAGCAGACAGGAUAAGUUUCCUCGAGGAGACUCAAACAACAUUAGAGACCAGAUUAGACAUAUCUUCCCAACUUCAGAAGCAAUUUCAAAAUGAUUUAAAAGAAGAUUUACAGAGGCACAAAUCAACCUGCAUACCGGAAAACGUCAGAGAUCAACAUAAAAGAACUUUGAACAAAUGGAGGGAAAGUGUUUUCUUUGAAAUAUCCUCCUUUAAAAGCAUGAAAGAAUUUUUCAUUUCCAAUCAAAUUGUUGCUGUGAUUGGAUCUCCUGGGUCUGGGAAAACUGCAUUAAUCCGCCACAUCGCUUUACAGCUGGAGUCCAAAUAUCAGAUUGUUCCAAUCUCCAAACCUGAGGACAUCAUCAACUUUGGUGACGUACACAGACCGCAAAUAUUUGUCUUAGAUGAUGUUUUAGGUGUGUUUACCUUAGAGAGAAGUUUGUUAUCAGAUUUAGAAAGGCAUAGAGAACAAAUCGAAGAUGUUCUAGAUAAGCAAUCAAAGAGGUCAAAGUUAUUUAUGUCCUGUAGAUUAGCAGUGUACAAUGAGGCAAAAGAAUUAGAUGUAAUGUUUUUUGAAGAGGAUACCAUCCUUAACUUAAAUAAUGAAGAUAACACUCUUACUUUGGAAGACCAAGAAGGUAUAUUAGAAUCUCACUUGAAGAAUAGAGGGAUUUCAUGUGAUCUCGACUUAAAAUUUCUGCAUGAAAAAGGGGAGUUCAUGUUUCCACUUCUUUGUCAAAUAUUUAGCAGCGAUACAUUCAUUAGAGAAUAUAGAUCAGACUUUUUUAAAUAUCCAUAUAAAUGUUUCCUUUUAGAAAUAGAAAAAAUUAAAACAAGAAAUAAGCUGCAAUAUUCUUCCAUGGUUCUCUGUAUGUUGAACAACAAUAUCCUAUCUGAGGAAAUGUUACUUGACAACAAAAUGCUAAAUCUAGUGUGCAGAUCUUGCAAAGUUAAAGGAUAUCCUCAAAUCUGGGAAAUAAUUCAGGAAUUAUCACACCUAAGAGGUACAUAUAUCAUGGAAAAUGCUCAAAGAUAUACUUUUAUCCAUGAUUUGAUAUUUGAAGUCGUUGCCUUUCAUUAUGGCCAGCAGUUUCCUGAGCAAAUUAUAGACCAUAUGAACAGCAUAUUCAUUGCAAAUAGAGUUGUUUUAGAAAACUCAGGCAUCAAAAACGACCUCUGUAUCAAACUUAAAAAGACACAGUAUGAAAAUCUUGCAAAAAGAUUAUACGAGGAUGUUAAGAAAGGAAAAUUACACGAUGUGUUUCUAAAUAAAGCAUUGAAUAAUAAAGACUUUCAGCAGCAUUUCUUAAGCAUUUUGGCGCCGUACAAUGAUGUCAAAAAAUAUUUCUUAUUACCGAGGGAAGAAUGCUUUGACAGUGUUAUUCUUGACUCACAGGAACAAAUAAAAAAAAAUGCCAAGGAAACAGUUGGACAUAGAGAGUAUGAAAGACAAAACCUUCUCCUUGACCUCAAAUGUAGUGGCAUAAAGAAUACCUAUGAAAUACGCGCUAUCAGUUUCAUAAUUUAUUAUGGUCAUCUUGAUAUACUGAAAUUAUUGAUAAACUUGGUGAGUAGGCAGGAUGAAUACAAAGACAUUGUUUUUGGAUCUACACAGGAAGAACAAGUAAGAUUACUUGUUUUAGCAUGUUUUGAUGGAAAUUUAAACAUGGUAAAAUUUUUGGUAGAAAAAUUUGGGAAGACAAUUAUUAACAGAAUGCCAGUAGUAAAUCUUAAUAGAUCGGAGAACCGACACAGAUUCAUAACUCCAGUGAUUGCUGCUUGUUUGAAAAUGAAACAUAAUGUUGUGAAAUAUUUGAUUGAUAAUGGAGCAAAUUUGAACAUCACAAAUAGUUUUUACCCAGCUUUGUGGACUCCAACUAGAAUUGGUGAUCUAAAAACGAUAACCAACCUACUUGAAUAUGGUGCCGACUGUAACAUAUCUGAAGGAAAAGGUCAAUCUCCCCUGUACGUUGCGUCAGAAUUUGGUUACGUGGAUGUCAUUGAAAAACUUAUUGAACAUGGUGCUGACAUCAACAAAUGUGAUAAAGACUGUCGGUCAUCUCUGUUUACGGCAUCACAACGUGGACAUCUUCCUGUUGUAGAAAAACUAAUUGAACAUGGUGCCGACAUCAACAAAUGUGAUAAUGAAGGUUGGUCAUCUUUACAUUUUGCAUCACAAAAUGGUCAUCUUCCUGUUAUAGAAAAACUAAUUGAACAUGGUGCUGACAUCAACAAAUGUGAUAAAAAAGGUCAGUCAUCUCUGCAUGCAGCAUCAUUCAAUGGUCAUCUUUCCAUUUUAGAAAAACUAAUUGAACAUGGUGCCAACAUCAACAAAUGUUCUAAUGAAGGGUGGUCAUCUUUGCAUACAGCAUCAUCCAAUGGUCAUCUUCUUGUUAUAGAAAAACUAAUUGAACAUGGUGCCAUCAUCAACAAAUGUGCUAAUGAAGGUGGGUCAUCUCUGCAUAUAGCAUCAUUCAAUGGUCAUCUUCUUGUUAUAGAAAAACUAAUUGAACAUGGUGCCAUCAUCAACAAAUGUGAUGAACAAGGUUGGUCAUCUCUGCAUUUUGCAUCACAAAAUGGUCAUCUUCCUGUUGUAGAAAAACUAAUUGAACAUGGUGCCGACAUCAACAAAUGUGAUGAACAAGGUCGGUCAUCUCUGCAUAAAGCAUCAUUGAAUGGUCAUCUUCCUGUUGUAGAAAAACUAAUUGAACAUGGUGCCGACAUCAACAAAUGUGAUAAACAAGGUCGGUCAUCUCUGCAUACAGCAUCAUUGAAUGGUCAUCUUCCUGUUGUAGAAAAACUAAUUGAACAUGGUGCCGACAUCAACAAAUGUGAUAAUGAAGGUUGGUCAUCUCUGCAUAGAGCAUCAUACAAUGGUCAUCAUCCUGUUGUAGAAAAACUAAUUGAACAUGGUGCCGACAUCAACAAAUGUAAUGAACAAGGUCGGUCAUCUCUGCAUACAGCAUCAUACAAAGGUCAUCUUCCUGUUGUAGAAAAACUAAUUGAACAUGGUGCCGACAUCAACAAAUGUGAUGAACAAGGUCGGUCAUCUCUGCAUAAAGCAUCAUUAAAUGGUCAUCUUCCAUUUGUAGAAAAACUAAUUGAACAUGGUGCUGACAUCAACAAAUGUGAUGAACAAGGUCGGUCAUCUCUGCAUAAAGCAUCAUUGAAUGGUCAUCUUCCUGUUGUAGAAAAACUAAUUGAACAUGGUGCUGACAUCAACAAAUGUGAUGAACAAGGUCGGUCAUCUCUGCAUAAAGCAUCAUUAAAUGGUCAUCUUCCUGUUGUAGAAAAACUAAUUGAACAUGGUGCCGACAUCAACAAAUGUGAUGAACAAGGUUGGUCAUCAUUGCAUAGAGCAUCAUUAAAUGGUCAUCUUCCUGUUGUAGAAAAACUAAUUGAACAUGGUGCUGACAUCAACAAAUGUGAUGAACAAGGUUGGUCAUCAUUGCAUAGAGCAUCAUUAAAUGGUCAUCUUCUUGUUGUAGAAAAACUAAUUGAACAUGGUGCCAACAUCAACAAAUGUGAUGAACAAGGUUGGUCAUCAUUGCAUAGAGCAUCAUUAAAUGGCCAUCUUCCUGUUGUAGAAAAACUUAUUGAACAUGGUGCUGACAUCAACAAAUGUGAUGAAAAAGGUCGGUCAUCUCUGUAUAAAGCAUCAUUAAAUGGUCAUCUUCCUGUUGUAGAAAAACUAAUUGAACAUGGUGCCGACAUCAACAAAUGUGAUGAAAAAGGUCGGUCAUCUCUGUAUAAAGCAUCAUUAAAUGGUCAUCUUCCUGUUGUAGAAAAACUAAUUGAACAUGGUGCCGACAUCAACAAAUGUGAUAAUGAAGGUUGGUCAUCUCUGCAUUUUGCAUCACAAAAUGGUCAUCUUCCUGUUGUAGAAAAACUAAUUGAAAAUGGUGCCGACAUCAAUAAAUGUGAUGAACAAGGUUGGUCAUCUCUGCAUAAAGCAUCAUACAAUGGUCAUCUUCCUGUUGUAGAAAAACUAAUUGAACAUGGUGCCGACAUCAACAAAUGUGAUAAUGAAGGUCGGUCAUCUCUGCAUACAGCAUCAUACAAUGGUCAUCUUCCUGUUGUAGAAAAACUAAUUGAACAUGGUGCCGACAUCAACAAAUGUGAUGAACAAGGUCGGUCAUCUCUGCAUAAAGCAUCAUACAAUGGUCGUCUUACUGUUGUAGAAAAAUUAAUUGAACAUGGUGCUGACAUCAACAAAUGGGAUGAACAAGGUUGGUCAUCUCUGCAUAGAGCAUCAUUAAAUUGUCAUCUUCCUGUUGUAGAAAAACUAAUUGAACAUGGUGCUGACAUCAACAAAUGUGAUAAUAAAGGUCGGUCAUCUCUGACUAUCGCAGCACUACAAGGUCAAUUUCCUGUUAUAGAAAAACUUAUUGAACAUGGUGCCGACUGUAACAUAUCUGAAGGAAAAGGUCAAUCUCCCCGGUACGUUGUGUCAGAAUUUGGUUACGUGGAUGUCAUUGAAAAACUUAUUGAACAUGGUGCUGACAUCAACAAAUGUGAUAAACAAGGUCAGUCAUCUCUGCAUAGAGCAUCAUUGAAUGGUCAUCUUCCUGUUGUAGAAAAACUAAUUGAACAUGGUGCCGACAUCAACAAAUGUGAUAAUGAAGGUUGGUCAUCUCUGCAUUUUGCAUCACAAAAUGGUCAUCUUCCUGUUAUAGAAAAACUAAUUGAACAUGGUGCUGACAUCAACAAAUUUGAUGAAAAAGGUCGGUCAUAUCUGCAUACAGCAUCAUUGAAUGGUCAUCUUCCUGUUGUAGAAAAACUAAUUGAACAUGGUGCUGAUAUCAACAAAUGUGAUGAAAAAGGUCGGUCAUCUCUGUAUAAAGCAUCAUUGAAUGGUCAUCUUCCUGUUGUAGAAAAACUAAUUGAACAUGGUGCCGUCAUCAACAAAUGUGAUAAUGAAGGUUGGUCAUCUCUGCAUAGAGCAUCAUACAAUGGUCAUCAUCCUGUUGUAGAAAAACUAAUUGAACAUGGUGCUGACAUCAACAAAUGUGAUGAACAAGGUCGGUCAUCUCUGCAUGCAGCAUCAUUCAAUGGUCAUCUUUCCAUUUUAGAAAAACUAAUUGAACAUGGUGCUGACAUCAACAAAUGUGCUAAUGAAGGUUGGUCAUCUCUGCAUACAGCAUCAUCCAAUGGUCAUCUUCUUGUUAUAGAAAAACUAAUUGAACAUGGUGCCAUCAUCAACAAAUGUGAUAAUGAAGGUGGGUCAUCUCUGCAUAUAGCAUCAUUCAAUGGUCAUCUUCUUGUUAUAGAAAAACUAAUUGAACAUGGUGCCGACAUCAACAAAUGUGAUAAUGAAGGUUGGUCAUCUCUGCUUUUUGCAUCACAAAAUGGUCAUCUUCCUGUUAUAGAAAAACUAAUUGAACAUGGUGCUGACAUCAACAAAUGUGAUGAAAAAGGUCGGUCAUCUCUGUAUAAAGCAUCAUUGAAUGGUCAUCUUCCUGUUGUAGAAAAACUAAUUGAACAUGGUGCCGUCAUCAACAAAUGUGAUAAUGAAGGUUGGUCAUCUCUGCAUAGAGCAUCAUACAAUGGUCAUCUUCCUGUUGUAGAAAAACUAAUUGAACAUGGUGCUGACAUCAACAAAUGUGAUGAACAAGGUCGGUCAUCUCUGCAUACAGCAUCAUACAAUGGUCAUCUUCCUGUAGUAGAAAAACUAAUUGAACAUGGUGCCGACAUCAACAAAUGUGAUGAACAAGGUCGGUCAUCUCUGCAUAAAGCAUCAUUAAAUGGUCAUCUUCCAUUUGUAGAAAAACUAAUUGAACAUGGUGCUGACAUCAACAAAUGUGAUGAACAAGGUCGGUCAUAUCUGUAUAAAGCAUCAUUGAAUGGUCAUCUUCCUGUUGUAGAAAAACUAAUUGAACAUGGUGCUGACAUCAACAAAUGUGAUGAAAAAGGUCGGUCAUCUCUGUUUAAAGCAUCAUUAAAUGGUCAUCUUCCUGUUGUAGAAAAACUAAUUGAACAUGGUGCCGACAUCAACAAAUGUGAUGAACAAGGUUGGUCAUCUCUGCAUAAAGCAUCAUACAAUGGUCAUCUUACUGUUGUAGAAAAACUAAUUGAACAUGGUGCUGACAUCAACAAAUGUGAUAAUAAAGGUCGGUCAUCUCUGCAUAAAGCAUCAUUGAAUGGUCAUCUUCCUGUUGUAGAAAAACUAAUUGAACAUGGUGCUGACAUCAACAAAUGUGAUGAAAAAGGUCGGUCAUCUCUGUAUAAAGCAUCAUUAAAUGGUCAUCUUCCUGUUGUAGAAAAACUAAUUGAACAUGGUGCCGACAUCAACAAAUGUGAUGAACAAGGUUGGUCAUCUCUGCAUAAAGCAUCAUACAAUGGUCAUCUUCCUGUUGUAGAAAAACUAAUUGAACAUGGUGCCGACAUCAACAAAUGUGAUAAUAAAGGUCAGUCAUCUCUGACUAUUGCAUCACUACAAGGUCAUUUUCCUGUUAUAGAAAAACUAAUUGAACAUGGUGCCGACGUCAACAAAUGUGAUAACGAAAAUCAGCAGUCUAGGACAAUCUCUUUUUUUUCAUAGGACAUGUACCUGUUGUAAAAAAAAAAGAAAACUAACAAAAUCAAGUUAGCGAUUUGAAAAAAUAUGGUAAAAAAACUUGACUAUUUAUUUCUAGUCUACUAAUAUGGAAACAAAAAAUCGAAAACCUUACUAAAUACGAUUAAAAAAUAAAUACAAUAUUAAUAAUUAGUCUAUUCAUAAUAAAAUAUAGUAUAUGGGGACUUGUUCAUAGCCUGAAUAUCAUCAGACCAAGAUAAUAAAAAUGAUAAAUAUAUUUUACAUAUUAGAUCAUGUUUUUCUUCCAGUAAAGUGCUGUUGUCUGAGAAGUCAGUGAACGUCAUUGUAUUUCAUUUGUCAUUAU